AUGGAAGAAAAGCUUGAUUUACAUAUCUAUCCAUUAUACCGAUUAAAAGUGUAUAGUGAGCCAAAUCAAAUUGAUGUGAAAUUGAAAACAUUAAGUGUUAAUAAUAAUUUGAAAGAAAAUGAACAAAGCAAUAUAUUUGAUUAUCAAACAAAAGCUAUUAAUUAUCCUUAUAUGGUAUAUGAUUCAUUAAAUUCAAAUAUUUUGUACGAAAUAAAAUCUUAUUAUGGAAGUGACAAAUUAUAUGAUAUAGUCAAAUUAGCAGAUCCUAAAAAUCCAGAAAUUAGUAGAGAAAAUGUAUUCGGUCAUGAUAACGAAUCUGAUAAUAUUGUGGGUUCUAGUAAUGAAGAUGUGAAUGAUCAAGACACAUUAAUAAAUAAAAAAAAGAAACGAGGAAGAAAAAAACAAAAAAAAAUAUUUAAAAUUAAUAGCAAUUCUAGUAGUGAAUUAUCUAGCGAUUCAACUGAUAAUAGUUUUAUUUAUAGUGACGCUAGUUAUGAUAGUAAUCAAAGUAAACAGAGUUUUUUUGGAAAUGAAAAAAGAAAUUCGUAUAAUAAAGUUAAGAAGUGCAAAAGUACUGAACAGAUGCAAAAAGAUGGGUAUAAAGAAAAAUGUAGCCAAAAUGCACAUAAGGAAAAAUGUAGUCAAAAUAUAAUAAACUUUGUAUACAAUUCAAUGGAAUAUGAAAAAGGAGUAAGAGAUAACAAUAUUAUAGUGACUACACCUAACGAUAUAAUAAAUACACUUGGAACUUUUUAUAUUGAAAAAAAUGCAUAUAUAAAUAAAAACUAUUCAUAUGACAUAAAUUUUAGACAAAAAAUACCAGUUUUAAUUUUUCCAACAGGGUUUUUUAAUAAUAAUAUACAAAUUAUGGAAGUUGAUAUAGAUGAUUGUAUAUAUGAUGAAGAAUAUUGCCAAAAACAAAAUAAUUAUGAACAUAUUUAUAAUGAUCCAAGGAUAUAUAACAAUAUAGAUAAUAUUCCUGUUAAUAUAAAAUUAAAUUUUAGUAAAAAAAUAAAAAUUAUGCCUAGUAAAUUAUUAAAUAAUGAUAAACACAGUUUAAAAAGAUUACCAUCAUUUUAUAAUAUACAUAAAAGAAUCAAAUUAGCAGAAAAAUAUAAUAAAAAAUAUGUCUAUAAAAAUAAAUAUAAAUUAAAUACAGAUCAAAAUUUAGAAUUUAAAUUGCAUAGACAUGAAACUGAAAAACAUCAAAUUGCACACAGUUCUAUGAAUAAAUAUUUAAAAAUAAAAGAAAUAAAAGUAGAUAAUAAUAAUAUAAAUGAAACUGUUGUAUAUACAAGAAAUGAUAUAGGCCUUUUUAUUUUUUACGUAAAUUUUUAUGAAAAUGAUUCAAAAUUUAACAAUAUAAACACAUUUAAACUACGAAAUAAUAAUGAUGAUGAUAAUAAUGAUAAUGAUACCGAUUCUUUUGAAGUGUUCAAUUAUAAUAUUAAAAUAAAAAGAGAUAUACAACUAUUUGAUAGACUGUUUCAAAUAUAUCCUAGUUCAACAGCAUUUGGAAAAUGUUAUUUUUUAGGAAAUAAUAAUAGUAUAUAUACAUAUGAUUUGAAUUCAGAUACUAUUAAUUUAACAGAUUUGAAUAUAAUUGAAAGUUCUGAAUCUAAUAAAAAUUCUAAAUAUAAUAUAAAAUUUAUAUGUUUAUGUGAUUUAAACGAUGAUAAUAAUAUUUUAUUGGGUUCAAAAAAUAUAUAUGUAUAUGAUAAAAGAUGUAAAAUGAUAACAAGAUUUAAUACUAAUAUUGGGUUAACUAAAAAAAUUUUUAAAAAUAGAAUAUCUUAUACAACAUAUUUAAAUACUAAUGCAAAAAAUAUAAGUGGGAAUCAAACUUAUAAUACAUAUGCAGAACAUAAAAGCCGUCAACAUUUUAAUAGAAGCUAUACUGCUAUAGAAAAAAAUCCAGAUUAUCCUUAUAUAAUUGCAUCUGUAAAUGCAUCUUUUAAUAAUAUCGAAAUUUGGGAUAUAAGAAACCAAUUUGAACCCAUAUUUAUAUUUCCUUUAAAUAUAUCAGAAUUUGUUUCAAAUUAUUUUAGAUACAUUGAAUGGAUAAAAAUAAAUCCAAGUUUUAAUAAUAAAUUUCACAAAAAUAAUGCAUAUAAUUUAUUUACAUUUUCUUAUUACCAACAUAUGGUAUAUGUAAGAAAAAUUAUUAUUUAUGAUAAUUUUACUAAAUACAAAGAUUUGGGUAUCCAAUCAUAUACUAACAAUCAACCCUUAGAUUAUCUUAACUAUAAAUAUAAUUAUAAUUUUUCAGAAGCAGAUCCUGAACCCGUUUACAAAAAUUUAACUAGUUCAAAGCAAACUACAUCUGAUAUGGAUACCAACAAAACAAAGGAAAAUGCUAAUUUAAAAAAAAACGAAGCAGACUUAAAAAAAAACGAACCCGAUUUAAAAGCAUCAAAUAUACACAUAAGAGAAAAUAUUUCCAUGAAUCACAUAUUUAGUUAUCGAAGUGUUAAAAUGCACAUUUCAGAUUCUUUCAUUUUAGAUGCAAGUAAAUAUAAUCAGAUGCAGAAAAAUAAAAUGAAUUUAAUAAAUAUAAAAAAUGACGAAAAUAAAGUAAAUUCAAUAAAUACAGAUAUGUAUAAUAUAUUUUUUGGGUUAUAUGGAGUAACAUGUGUAGAAUUUGUUAUCCCAACUUUAUAUUGCUCAAAAAUGGAAAAUGCCAAACAGAAUGGCAAACAGAAUGGCAAACAAAAUGGCAAACACAAUUUAGAAAAAAGAAACUAUUAUGAUGAAGAAAAAACUGAGAUAUAUACUUAUUAUAUUAAAAGAAAAGAGAAUCAAAAAAUCGAAAAAAAAAGACAAGAAGUUAAAGGUAUAAAAUUUGAUUCUAUUCAAUUCAUUUUUCAUAUAAAUUCAGCAGGACAUAUUUUUUGUACACCCUUAAAUUUAAACAUAAAAAAAAUAGAAUCAAAUAAAUUAAAAAAUUGGAUGCCAAUAAAUAAACUAUAUCAUACUAAUACAUAUAAAAAUGAAAAUAUAGAAAAUUUAUUUAACCAACUUAUAAAUAUUUUAGAAAAUUCAAAUUGUUCAGAAAAUAUACAAUCAUCAUCUAAUAAUGAAAAAAAUUCAGAUUUAAAAUUAGACUAUAAUUAUGAAGAUUUAUUAAAUUUUCAAAAUAAAAAAGAAAAUAUAGAACCAAACAAACAAACAAAUAAUAACAAUGAAUUAAAAGGUGAUUUAUUAAAUUUAAAUAAAAAUAAUUUAGAUGUACUAAAAAAUUAUGCAUCUAAUUAUUCAAAUAUAUCUAAUGAUACAUUUUCAAAAAUAUUUAAUUUAAUUACAAAAAAUAAAAUCCUUAUUUUAAAAAAUAAUUAUAAUUCUAUACAAAUAGUCAAAUAUAACUCUAAGCAUAUAUAUCAACAUUUUUUUGGGAAACUAAAAAAAACAAUAAAAAGUUUGUCUAAAAUGCAUACAACCCAACAAUGUAGUGAAGAUAUCCUACUUCCAUUUAUUAGUGAAGAUAUUAACGAAAACAAGAUGGAAGGGUUAUCCCAUGAUGCCAAUAUAAUCGCCACAGAUAGCCAAGUUGAAAAUAUGUUUGCCAAAAGUGGCGAUGGCAACAAUUUGCAUACAACCAAAAUAAUGUCAAACUUAAUUGUUGAGAAUAUAAAAAGCAUGUCUACAUAUAACAAAAAAUAUGCUGGCAAUGUUGGAAAUACUGGCAAUGUUGGCAAUGCUGGCAAUACUGGCAAUGCUGAUAAUAUUGGCAAUACUGGCAAUGCUGGCAAUGCUUGCAAUACUGGCAAAAAAAGAGUGUACCCACAAUAUAACAAUGUGCAAGUGCUAUAUGCAAAAGAUAAUCUAACUGAGAGAUGUUCCGAAAAUAACAUUAAAAAGGAAUAUAAACAUGAAAUAUUAAAAACAUAUGUAUUAGAUAAAGGAUUAUAUAUUAAAUUGAAUAAAAUUAUAAAUACAAUUUUUGGAGAAGAUCAAAAAUCGAUCGCUACUUUUCAUUAUAAUCAUUUUUUUUAUGUACAAACAUUAGUGAAUCUAAGAUAUUCUGCAUAUAAUUUAUCAGAAAAAAUGAUUAAUAAAUAUUUAGAUGAUAGUUACCCUUUUGUGACAUAUUCUCCUAAUUUUCAAGCAUCUAGAAUUUUAAAAAAUAAAGAAAAUAAAGAACAUAUUACAAAUUUUUUUUAUUCGAACCCUUUUAAUUUGCUUGAAUUUACUCUACACAAAUUGGAAGACAAAAAAGAAUUAAAAAAGAAACAAAAUGAAAAACAAAUUGAAGAUAUGUAUUUAUAUGAUGAUGAAAUAAAUUCUGAACAAAAUAUUAAAAAUAAAUAUGAAACAAAUAAUAAUGCUACUACACAAUAUGAAUACUUUUCGAAUUUAAAUAUCACAAAUUUGUGUGAUUCACCAGAUUAUCAAAAUUUGGAUAAUUAUUCAUAUUCACAAUUUAAAGAUAAUGAAAAAAAUGAACAAAAUGAAGAAAAUGAAAUAGAACCAAAAUAUUCUAUAUCCAUUAUAAAAAAUAUAUAUGACAUAAAAGAGUUACUUGAAUUGUAUAAUGAAAAAGGAAUUGUCUACAUUUUAAAUGUUAUGACCAAGUUGAAAAAAAUGCAAAAAUUGCAAAAAAUGCAAAAAAUGCAAAAAAUGCAAAAAAUGCAAAAAAUGCAAAAAAUGCAAAAAAUGCAAAAUAAUAAUAGUAAUAGUAGUAGUAAAAAAAGGAAAAAAAACUGGAAGAGUUGCAAAAAGCUAAAAAACACAAUUAAUGAAAUUUCAAAAGAACUAAAUAAAUGUGUACCUACAAAAAACUUCUUUUUUUACGAAUCUCCAAUAUGUUAUUGUUUAUACAAUAAUGAUUAUAAUAAUAAAAUGCAAUAUAAUACAUAUAUAAAUUAUUAUGAGUUUCUUUUAAAUGUUGUUUUAUUUUUUAAUAAUACAUUGUCAGUUAUCAAACAUGUCAAAUUUUUAUAUCCAGAUGGAUGUAAUAAAUUUCCACAUUCUUUAAAAAAAAAAAAUAAUAAAUCAACAAGCAUAGCAAAAGAUGAAAAUAACGAUGUCAACCAUUUUGAAAAUAACGAUAUUAACCAUUUUGAAAAUAAAUAUGAUAUCUUUGAAAAACUUCGAAAAAGUGAGACGUGUAUUAUGGAUAGUAAUAAAAAUAAUGACCAAUUAAAAAAGUUUAAAAAAAAAAAUAUAUUAUUUUUAAGCAAAGAUAUGACAUAUCAAUGUUUUCAACAUAUAUUACAAACUGAAUAUUAUAUACCAAUUCCUAAAUAUAUGAACAAUAAAAUAAAAAUUAAUGAGGAUAACUUUUUAUGUACCCCCAUUACUUGUUUUAAAAAUUACUCAAUUGCUUUUUAUAAUAAAAAAUUAUUUGAUAUAUAUGAUUCAAUAAGUUUUAAUAAUUUAAAACAUUUUGAUAUGCACACAUAUAUACAAAAUGAAUAUUUUAACAUACAUAAAAAUCAAAUACAUUCUUUAGAUAUGUAUGUUAAUAAAAAAGAGACCAAUGCAUAUAAUAAUGCAAAUAUAACUGGAUAUAUAGGUGGAUAUAAAGUUGAUUAUAAUUUGGUGAAUAAAUUGAAAGAACUUUGGCCAUCAAACAACGAAAACUAUAAAUCAAAAGAAAAUUAUCUGGAAAUGAUAAAAAAUCUCAAGAAUAGGGAAAAAUUUAUUUUUUACAAUUAA